CGGCCAUGAAAAGAACAUAAACUUCUAGCUUCCCCGUAUUUUUGUGUUCACUUUACAUCUGCAAACAUUAUUUCCAGAAAGCCAGCUGUCUAAUCUAUUAUUUUAUCUUCCUGAUCUAAAGUUGAAAUGGUAUGAAUGAUUACUACGAAGUCAACAUGGAGCUACUUAAUAUUCGUUUUGAUACUGAUAAAGGAGAAUUAAACUAAGAAAAUAAAGAUGUUUUACAAACAUAUUCUUCUAUAUUGGAUGCUUCUCUUGUGUGUUCCCAAUGUAAAAAGCUAUACCAUUACAAUGCCUCUUGAUACAAAGAGUGGAUUCUGCAAUUCAUUUAGGUUUGGGAAAAUUCCAGUUGGUCAAGUGAUUUACAACCCUGAAAGUUGCGAGAUUACUGUUUGUGAUGUUGGACAUGCGGAUCUGUAUGGGUGCAACAGUAAAUUUGAUCCAAAUAGAUGCACAGUAGUAAAAGAGCCCGGAUUAGGUUUAUUUCCUGAUUGCUGUAGAGAAUUUAUAUGUACAGGUGAUAAUGCAUUUAUGUUAUAGGAAGCAGUUCAAACAAUUUUUUUUCAGAACUCAUCAGAAAUACUUAGUCUCUAACCAUGUGAUUGACGAAUUGAAAUGAAACGCAAGACAUUUCAUAAUAAGCUAUACAAUAUUCCAUAUGGAAACUAUGCAAUAUUCAUCCGCAUUCAGUUGUUAAAGUAUUCCAAUGUGCGAAAGUGUCAUACAUUCAAAAUAAAAAUAUAUUACUUCAUGA